CUCAGUGCUCUACAGUCAGUGUGGGAGGAGUGUAGUUCUCGUCCAGAUCAGGAGACACUUGACGUGAAAAUGACGGACGAGCAGCAACAAAACCAAGAGGAUGACAACACCCCAGGAAUGGGCGACAUGAAAACUGCCUUCGCCACCGGCCAGCGAGGCAGGAAGGGCGCCCUCAAGAAGAAAAAUGUGUUUAUAAUAAAUGAUCACAAGUUCAUCCCCCGAUUCUUCAAGCAACCCACCUUCUGUAGCCACUGCAAGGACUUUAUAUGGGGCUUCGGAAAGCAGGGAUACCAGUGCCAGAUUUGCAGCUUCGUGGUUCACAAGCGGUGCCAUGAGUUCGUCACCUUCAAAUGCCCAGGCAGGGAUAAAGGAGCAGACUCUGACCAAGCUGAUAACCUAACACACAAGUGGUUCGAGGCUUCUUACACUACCCCAACCUUCUGUGAUCACUGUGGUUCCAUGAUGCAUGGUGUGUGGAACCAAGGAAUGAAGUGCAAGACUUGUAACAUGAACGUGCACAAGAGGUGCACAGAGAGCGUGCCCAACCUAUGUGGGUGUGACCACACUGAGAGGAGAGGAAGGGUAGAGCUGGUCAUCAGCUGCCAGGGUAACAAACUGACUGCUGAAGUUCGCGGGGCCAAGAAUCUCAUUCCCAUGGAUCCUAACGGCCUCUCCGAUCCUUACAUCAAAAUGAAGCUUAUCCCAGGCACUGACAACAUGAAGAUGAAAACUAAGACGAUCAAAUCCACUCUCAACCCUGUGUGGAAUGAAACUCUUACUUGCGAGCUGAAGCCUGAGGACAAGGACCGCCGCCUGCUGGUGGAGUGCUGGGACUGGGACCGCACUUCGCGCAACGACUUCAUGGGCUCCAUGUCCUUCGGCAUCAGCGAGAUCAUCAAGUCUCCCAUGGUCGGCUGGUUCAAGUUCCUGACGGAGGACGAGGGGGAGUUCUACAAUGUGCCGUGUCCUCCUGAAGGCACGGACAUCUCCGCACUCAAGGAGAAGUUUAGGAAUACGUCGCUCUCCAAGAAGACUCCCAGCACCACAGACAAUCACAUCCCACACAACAUGAAUAAGAGGGACAUCAUCCGUGCUACUGACUUCAACUACUUGAUGGUGCUAGGCAAGGGUUCCUUCGGCAAGGUGCUGCUGGCUGAGAGGAAGGGAACAGAUGAUCUUUAUGCCAUCAAGAUCCUGAAGAAGGACAUCAUAAUUCAGGAUGAUGAUGUAGAGUGUACCAUGAUAGAGAAGAGAGUCCUCGCCCUAGCUAGCAAGCCUCCCUUCCUUGUUCAGCUCCACUCCUGCUUCCAGACUAUGGAUCGGUUAUACUUUGUGAUGGAAUAUGUGAAUGGUGGCGAUCUCAUGUUCCAGAUCCAACAAUGUGGCAAGUUCAAGGAGCCUGUUGCUGUGUUCUAUGCAGCAGAGAUUGCCAUUGGAAUGUUCUACCUCCACUCUCGCAGCAUUGUUUACCGUGACCUGAAAUUGGACAAUGUACUCUUGGAUCAAGAUGGACAUAUCAAGAUUGCUGAUUUUGGCAUGUGCAAGGAAGGUAUUUCAGGAGAGAAAACUACCAAGACAUUCUGUGGAACACCAGAUUAUAUUGCUCCAGAGAUAAUAUUAUAUCAACCAUAUGGCAAGAGUGUGGACUGGUGGGCGUAUGGCGUACUACUGUAUGAAAUGCUGGUUGGGCAGCCACCGUUUGAUGGCGAGGAUGAGGAGGAACUUUUUGCUGCCAUAACUGAUCAUAAUGUCUCAUACCCAAAAUCACUUUCCAAAGAAUCGAAGGAAUGCUGCAAGGGAUUCCUGACCAAGCAACCCCAGAAGCGACUAGGGUGUGGCCCCAAGGGUGAAGAGGAUGUUCGAACACAUCCUUUCUUCAGGAGACUUGACUGGGAGAAGUUAGAGAAUCGAGAAGUUCAGCCGCCUUUCAAGCCUAAGAUUCGCCAUCGUAAGGACGUCAGCAAUUUUGACAAGCAGUUCACUUCCGAGCGCACUGAACUGACUCCCACUGAUAAACUCUUUAUGAUGAACCUCGACCAGACUGAAUUCAAUGGUUUCUCUUAUCUCAACCCAGAGUACAUACAACAUGUGUAGAAUCUGAACAGAUAUAUGUACUGUCAUGUUUGUACUCAUUUUUAUCAGGUCAGUUGCACUUGUUACUGGACAUGCAUCAUAACUAUUACUGUUCCACAUAACAUGUUUAAAUCUAAUUUUGUUGCUACCUACAGUAUCCUCAUUGGCCAUUUUCUGAAAAAAUUAUCUUGUGCUGCAUCUUACUACACUGUCAUUUUCAGUGCCUAGAAUAUUUACAUUAAGAGGAAUGUGUUCCUCAGGCUAUCUUGAAUUGUUUUAUAUUAAAUUCAGUCCAUAUUAUACAAGUGGCUUAAUGCAGUAUAAAUUAUUAUUGUAUUAGUAACUCUGGGUGUGCAUCCUGCCUGCUAGUCAGACAGUAUUCAACCAAAAAUUACAUUAUUUUUUUUAAAUAAUUGAACAUGUAAAUUAGUUUUUUAUUACAACUUCCUUUUGUGCUUUGAUCAAACAACCUUGGUGUGCUAGACAGAGCAACAUGUUCUUAUAACAGUAUUAUGAAUGAAAGAGGUUUUGUAGUUGUAUUAUGGCAUAGCAAACAGUUGGUAAAAAGGUAUAUAGAGCAAAAGAAUUCCUUUAUUAAUAUGACCUUUCACCUACAUGAGACUUUAUCAAUUAAUAAAGACUUGUGUAGUUUAAACAUCAUACUGCUAAAGGUCUCCUUUUGUUGCAUGUGUCUUUUUAUUGAAAGAGGUUUUACCUAUUCAGGUUUCCCUUGCUUUAUGUGAAUUCUCUAUUAUGCAAUCUCCAGUUUCUUUUGAUAUUUCUGUAUGUGUAAUUUACAGUCAUUGUAAGUGAAGAAUGAAUUAAGUGUUGUUGGUCUGAUUUGAGUUCUGUUCAACUGCCAUGGGUCAAAUGUGUCUACCACAUAAAGCCAGGGACAUCUUUAGAUGGACUUAAUUUUCUUUUUUGCAUGUGAAAUGUCUGUAAGCAGGAUUUAUCAGCGAAUUUUAGCCACUUCCUGACAAAGGAAGUGGCUAAAAUUUAUAAAUACAGUACAAUCUCAGUCAUCUGGAAUUUUUAUGGCAAAGUAAUUUCCAGAAAAUAAUAACACAAUAAUAUUAAUAAUUAUAAUAAUUAUACAGUGGACCUCCGGUUAACGAUAUUUUUUCACUCCAGAAGUAUGUUCAGGUGCCAGUACUGACCGAAUUUGUUCCCAUAAGAAAUAUUGUGAAGUAGAUUAGUCCAUUUCAGACCCCCAAACAUACACGUACAAACGCACUUACAUAAAUACACUUACAUAAUUGGUCACAUUCGGAGGUAAUCGUUAUGUGGGGGUCCACUGUACUAUCAUUUCAUUAUUCAUAAAUAUAGUACAAUAUGUUAAAAGUGCAAAGUAUAUACAGUAUUUUGGGUAAACUUGUGCUUUAAAAGUGAGAGAUUAAAGAUUAUUUAAUAGUGAUAUUAAAUGGUCAGGUUAGAAAUGACUAGACUAUGCAACCUGUACUUGUUUUACCCAUAAUUUAAAUUUAGUAAAUAUGUUGCAAUUUUUCCAUUUAUUUUGACUUACAAAAGUGUAAUUGUGUGCUGAAUUAAUAUGAACCACACAGGUUGUGGUUCAUAUUGAUAGGGUUGUGUACACAUGUGUACAUUCUUACACCAUGCACUUUCAAACAUCCCACAAAUGCUCUUUUUAAAUAGUGUAAUAUAAUGAGCACUUAUUAGAACUAAUUUAUACUUUGGAGGUACAGUACAUUAAUCAUUAACAAUAAAAAUGAUUAGUAACCAAAGAUGAGUUACUGAUAUAGAUUAUUUUUUUAAAUUUCAGCCAAGUAUCAGAUGGUAUGAUGCAACUUAGAGCGCUGUAUGACCCUGGUGGUUUAGCGCUUAGUUUUGAUUAUAAUAAUAAUGUGAUACAAGUUGUUAGUUUAUUGAGGUAUACACAAAUACAGUUACAUAGAUUAUCACACAUAGCAGCUAUGUGUAGAGAACCUAGGAUAACCUUAAAAAAGUCAGUGACUUAUUUCCAUUGCCAUCAGCACAAUAUUCAAACUGCCUUUGCACUAGCUGAGCUAGGACUGCGUAGUACAUAGUGCUUACUAGUCUUUACCAACUUAGGCAGUAGAGAAGAUUAAGGAUGGAGACAAUAUGCUUUCCAUUCUCUCUUUUUAAAAAAGCUUGUAGUGCUGUGCAUGUCCUAAAUUAUAUUAUCUUGCUCUUCUGCUACUAUCAUUCCAUUGCACUGUUCUAUAUUUAUAAGGUUAAUGCCUUAUUAAUCAUUUGGCAUAAAAUUUUAGCAGUUUUUCAAAUUGUUUCACACACUGUUGAAAUAUAUUAACAUUAAAACUCACACAGGUUUUGCAAUGACUGGUCCUUACUUAACAUGUGCAGAAUUUCCACUUUCUGCAUAAGGGUUACCAUAAUUCAGAGUUAACCUCACACUUUAGAGAGGAAACUUUAGACAUUUCUGUAUGUCCAGGAUCAUUAUAAAGUUGCAACUGAGGAAAUUGAGAGAGAACCAUAAAACAGGUCAGUAAAGAGGGAAGGCAGGGAUGAAAAUACCAGAAAACAGCUCAUUAAGUGGUCAGUAGUAGUAGUAGUAAGUUAAGUGAAAUAAUUUACAUCCAGAAAAAAUGGAAUAGCUGGUUAGCAUAAUGGGCUUUCUCUUUGUAUUUCCAGUACUAGCAUGUUCAUUACUUAGAGAACAUAUUUUUAUGCUAUUAUAAGCAUAGAAAUAAUUGAUUAUAGUAAUGGCAGCUCCCAGAAAUGCCCAUUUUCAUUUUUACUAAAAAAUAAAUUGUUUCCUUUAAAUUUUAUUCUUAGAAACAAGGUUUUUGGAUUCUUCCAUUGUAUAAGAGCUUCCAGAGUGCUGUAUAGAAUUCCAGAUUAUCGAGAUUGUACUGUAUUACAUUUUUAUAAAUAUCAUUGUGUUAAAAAUUAUGGGUUUCCCAUUAAAGUCGAACACCAAAAAUCCAGAGGCUGUAACUCUCUUGAGCUUAUGGUUAACAAGUGAAGAACACUGGCCAACCUGUCUGUUUCAUUAGAAAACCUUUGGUGAAGGGAGGUAUAAUGGAACCAAAGUUUUAUCACUGCAAGCCCAGGGCACUGGUGUUGAUCCAUGCUAUAUCAUCUAAACACAGUUACUUGUUAAGAAUUUUAUAGAUGCAGCACAGACUUUCUUUCCUGUUACAAUAAAGAUGUGUAAGUAAUGCUACACCUCAUUUUUUCACUCUGGUGACUAUAAAUUAAAUAUAAGGUCAAAAGAUGUUAGAAAGUGUCUAGUGCAGAUAUAAAAGUGUCAGAAAAUCACAUGACUCAGGAACACAGAAGAGAAACAUGCUAUAGGUAUCUAUAUAGCAGAAAGUAACAUUACUACAGAAACUUGAUUAUGGAGGAAACUUUUCUAAUCUCUAGACAGACUGAGGCUGGACAUUAUCAAUUUAUCAUUUGAAAAACAGCAAGAGAAACUUUUUAUUUUUUUCCAACAAACUGGCCAUAUCCUACAGAGGCAGGGGUAACCUAAAACAAAAAAAUAGAAACACUUUCACCGUCAUUCACACUAUCACUGUCUAUAGGCAAGUUUUUUAAGCCAUUACUUAAGCUCAAAAUGGUGUGACUAUUUUCAAAGUUGGUUUUCCAUUUUUAAAAAUCACCAAGGCAUUCAUCUCCUCAGAGUGCCUACAAAACCGUUGUUUUCCGUAUACGACUCUGCAAGACAGUGUGGAAAAAUUUGCUUGUUUGCUCACAGAACAUGUAACCUCUAAACAUAUAUAAAAUGCAGGUGUAACAGGAAUAUUUUGGAGAGAUUUGCCAAAGCAAUUUAAUGCUUGUAGAUAUGGAAAAAACAGCACCUUGAAUGAAUUUUGGUUUGCUAAGUACAAAGAAAGUCACUAACAUGCCAGGGCAUUUCAGGCAGGCUAAUCCUAGUACACAGUAACUACUUAAAACUAGACAAGAUAAUAGUGGUUAACUUGAUUACAAUCCUAUUUAAUCUAAUAUUAAUGUGAGGUAGUCAGGGUGGAGGUUUAUAAGAAUAGUAAUCUUGUAGUUGCACAUAAAAAAAAUAUUACAAUUAAUGGUUCAGGUAGUAAUAUUUCAUGGAUUGGCAGAUAUUUAAUAACCUAGAGGUCACAUAAUAUAACUAAUUAGAAGUUGAACCCAAGGAGGUUAAUUGUCUUAGUAUUUGCUAAUAACUGCAAGCACAUACAAAUAUAAAUAUUUCCUUGUAGAAAAAAUUCUCUAAGAAUUCAAAGGUGUCAUUGGAGAAGUGUGUAUACCAUCUGUUACAGGUGAUAUAAUAAACUGUAUAGAUACUAAACUGUUUAUUACAAAGUAGGAAGUAGGGCAGAUGUAUGGGCUAUAGGAAAUGAUAAUCAGAGCUAAUUCUAUUUCACAUUUGAAUUUGAAGGUACAAACUACAGCAACAGUAUCAGAGGGCAGAGAGAGAGGCAAUUCUGUGAAGCAGAUGAUACUAGUAUCAUAGUUAAAUUAUUUUCAUGGGGAGGUACUAUACCCAUAAGGGUUGUACAGUUCCUUGGAAAUAGGAGGCAAUCAAUCAGGUUUGGCUCAAGGUUCAGUUCUCUUAUUGUCAAGGCACCUCCCUUGAAGACUGUAACUAUUUAUGGUUUCAAAAUGAGUAUUUGGUAGCCUCUUAUAAUACUUAGUCAAUCUCCAGUACUAUUACAGAAAACUGAAAAGCAAGAAUUGGAACAUUUGAUAAGAAAAGCAAUAUUAGUUGACCAGUUUUGUGCAGUACUCUGCAUCUUUACCUUGAUUAUUAUUACUAAAUAAUCAUGGAAAAACACAAAACCCAUAUAGGUCAUAUGGUGCCAGGGGAUUGGAAGAUAAUUCAAUUUAGUCCAGGGGGAUGGGAGAGUAGGUUCAGUCCCCUUGAUGAUCUUUAUAUUUUAGUCUCCUCUGGUUUUAUUGACAGAUGCUACAAUUUUCCCAUCUAUCUCUUUAGUUACCAUGACUACUACUACUCCAGAUGAUGCUUAAAUCCACAAACCCUGUAAAUACCUGAAGAGUUUGAAGAGCACAUUUAAACCAUUUUCUCUGGUACAGUUUUAUAAAAAUUUAUGUACUGUACUAGUUUGCUGUAUUUAACAAAGAUUCUCAUUAUCAAUGAAAAUUUUAAUACUGUAUAAUUAAGAGCUCCUGGUUCUUAUGGCUUCAUGUUUUUGGUGUUCGACUGUACCUCAAUCUUGCAACAGACUCUGAAUGCAUAUGAAUAUUUGAAAAUUCUCAUGGAGUAUUUUAUUGCUGUUUACAUCCUCCUUAACAGUAUGUUUAGUUGAUUUUUGCCAAAUACAUGUAACUUCAGAAACUGAAAGGUGUAAAUGAGGAUGGUUAUCCUAAAGCUCACCAGCUUACCACAAAUCAAACAUCAGUGCACUCUGUUGGAUUUGGCCAAGCCAUGGCUUGGGAACUGCAUGUUACUGAUUUGCCUAGUCAAUGCAGCUCUAUAAGACAGUGUUAAGAGAUAGUAAUCCUGGAUAUUAUCUCACAAGCCACAGUGAAUAAGUAAACGAGUUAGACCAAGCUAUGGCUUGGCCCUAUCUGCUCUCUAUAAACCAAAAUGAAUUUAGACACACAUGAUAAUCAAAACUUUUGCCUCCUUGCAUACUGCAAUAAUAACAUAAUCCAUAGAAAUAUAAUGGAUGUAUUCUUAAGUUUAAUAUUUUCACCAUUUAGAAUUUUUGCUUUUCCAUAAGCUUAGAUGUCUUCUUAAAUUGGAUAAACAGUAAAGAAUGGGAUUUAAAUUUAAUUUUCUAAAUACGUAAUUCAAGCAAUAUAAAUUGUGUAUAACACAAUGGUCAAUAAAGGUAAGUUUUGGCUUUCAGUAUGGGUUAGCAAGUCUUAACAAUUUAGAAAACCACUUUUAUACUUAUAUUUGAUCUUUAUAUUAUGGAAUGAAUAAGUCAUGUAGUAAAGAAGAUUUUUACAUUAGUAUCUAUAUUUUAUGAAACUUCUUUUCCUCAAUAUGUGCAAUAAAAAGAAAAGUAUUGUGUGUGCUAAUGUUCUAUAAGAGAUUUUUACAAGUGUUGUGAAAUAGUAUUAAUUGUCAAUAAUGAAAGAUCCCUGAAAAUCUCUAGUCAUUAAGUGUAGUGUACUAUAUGUAUUACUAGACUAUGGCCACCUUACGAUACAGUAUUUUUUGACAGUUGUAGUUCAUAAGAAAGUGUAUUACUGAAUAUUCUAUUCUGUUAUCAUCAUAGGGAUCAUACGCUAUCCGGAAAAAGAGAGGUAAUCACCUCGGGUAACAGGCAGGAAGAGAACCCAUAGCCAGCCAGUCAUGAUUUUUGCAAGGGGUAAUGGGGUUUGAUCCAAGGAGGGAGAGGAUGACUCCUAUUACUAGAUGUUCUGAUGGUGCCUUUAUAUUACCAGUAUAACUAAUUUGUAGUUAAUUAUUGAUCAUUUAGGUUAGUUCAUAAGAGAUUCUUACCAAAAUUCAAAGCAUGCAUGUUAGACUUAUUGAAUGAUUGUAAGAAUGUUUCUUAGUGAUAUUUUUAUGACUUUCAAUACUAUUACUCCACAUUACUAAAUAAUGUUGACAAAUUAUACAGUACUGUGCUUUUAUAUUUAAGAUAUAAAAGAUUUAUACAUAUGUAUACAAGCAGAAGAUUUAUACACAAGCAUAUUUAUACACACACAAAAUAUAGUAGUGUACACACUAUUUACACACAUACAAGUAAAAGAUCUAUGCAUGUACAAGUAAUAGAUUCACACACAGAAGCAGAACGCUUGUAAACAUGCAAGCAUAAUAUUUACACACGAAAGCAAAGCAAAACAUCCAAUAAAUUAGCACUCAAAUUUGCAAGUAUGAAUCCAACCACACUUGAGCUUUUAGCCCUCCUCAUGUCAUCAUUGUAAGUUAUGGAAGACUGUUCUUAACAGUUGGUAUAUAUUCAUUACACUGGAAAUACUCGUGGUCCUUUGGAAAGGCACCUGUUGCACUCUGCAAGGGUUGCCAAGUCGGGCUGACUGCCCAAGAUCUUUUCGUAGAUUGCUAUUUAUCAGAGAGCACAUCACCCUUAUUUUCAUUUUCUUGCCGUGCUUAUGCUAUCUCUUGUCCUAUCUAGAAGUACAGUACUGUGCCAUUUUUUAUGCAGAUUCUGUCAGUAGCUAUUUAUCAACAGUUGAUCUAAACACCAACUUUGAAUACUUCAUCCCUGCACUCUGCUUUUCUUUCUAAUUGUUUUCCUAUAUGUAUUUUCCACAGCUCACAUUCUUCAGGUUUAUGAUCCCGUCCACCGUGCAAUACUGAAUGACCUCCAUGGGCUUAAUGCUUUUCACUGACAUUAUUUCUGUAUCAUAACUAAUUGCACUUUGUGAUGAAUGAACAAAAGCCUCAGAAACUCAUAUACACUCUUUUAGACUAGCAAUAACUUUACAAUAGAGCCAUCUUAUAUUUUAGUGGCCCAUUAACACUUGCUGUAAGGUCUUGCAUAAAAUCUUACUUUCAUAGGGAAGGGGGUAAAAUACUGAAGCUGGGGCUAAGCUUUAAAAUCAGUUUAUACCAAAGAAAAAAUUUAAUAUAUGGAGGUUAUCUUCCUCUGACAGUUGUCAAUUGUUGUUGUUGUUAUUAAUUAUAUUAAUAUUAUUAUGGCUAAGCACUAAUUUUGUAGGGGUCAUACAGCACUUGCAAAAUAAAAGCUAAUUAAGUAGAUCCAGAGAAAGCUAGCUGAUAUUACUUUUUUUUUUUUUGUUGCACUUACAUUCUACAUUAUUUAAUUUCUGAAACUGUUUUGUUCAUACCACCUGACAAACAAGAUCAUUAUUCUUAUAUUUAUGGGGAGGUGCUGACCUAGGGCAGGGGUGGGGAACCUGCACCCUUAAGGCCACACGUGGCCUUCUAGGGCAUUAAGUGCAGCCUUCUGAAUGAAUUAUUUUUUCUUGAAGUUAUUAUAUAAUUAACUUUUUACAAAAUAACAAACAUUUUGCAGUAUAUCUUAAUCAAAAUUUCUUGAAUGUGGCCUUAUUAGAUUACAGCUAACUUUAAUGCAGCUUUCAAACAUAAAAAUGUUCCCCAUCCCUGCUCUUGGGGGGGGGGGGGUCAUACAGCACGUGGGAUGUGGGAGAGGGUGAUUAUAAUGAGGUCUGAUAUGAGAAAGGAAACAGCUUCAAUUCCCUGGAGCAAGUCUCUCUCACUUGAAGGGAAACCCAAGUAUAAUGUUUGACAUGUCUUUACCUGCUGUAUGUAGUGAUGUGGCUCAAUGUUUGCUCUCUUAUUCAUUACAAAAGAGGAAAUGUUAUGUUAGUUUUCUAUCAAAAUUUUAUUUGGCUUUAUAAUCUCAGAGGGUUAGUAACUCAAGGAAACCAAUCACUAUGGUUCAUUUCCAGUAGGGUUCAUUUUGAGUUUUUCCCUCAGGCAAGACCCACAACACUUGACUCGCUCCUAGGUAUCUAUUUACUACUAGGUAACGGGUAGGUGUUAUAUAAUUUAGUACUAGACAUUGUUCUGGAGGCAAUGACACUAAAAUUAUAUUUAAUAUUUGUUUUAAAUCCUAAAUGUAAUGAUAAUAUUCAACUUUAGGAUCAUGAAAAAAUAAAAGUAGCUGGAAAUAAUAAUAAGCCAGUCUACUAAUUGGUGAAAA